UUUUGAUUGUUGACGUUUGCCGUGGUCAGACACAACAGAAUUUUGACGUUGGCGCCAGGAAAAAGGAGGGAAUGUUGUCGUUCCUGCUAUUUAUAGCGCAUUUUCAUAUCGAUCUUCUUCACAGUUAGUGCUUGGACGGUAGCAAAGCCCCAGAAAGCUGCAAGGCACGUGAAAACUGGGAACAAUGAGCGCAAGCAGACGAAGCCAUUUAACAUGCGACAACGAGCGUUCGCCAUUUAUUUCUGAGCGUAGGCGCAAACUGUUCCCAACUGAGGACCAGGAGAUGGACUCAGACCUGGGGGUGAUUAUCCCUAUAUCGGUGGAAGAUUCAGGGGCACACACCCCUACAACUAGGAGGACGGGUUCUGAGCCUGGAUCACCAUGGGCCGCUCAGAGCCAGCAGUUUGCGCACGAGGAAACGCUCAGAACGCCACGAGUUGCGUGCAUAACGCCCGUUUUGGAGGAGCAAAAAGUCUUGCUCGAGCAAUCGAAGAGCUCGAAAAGACCGACGAAUUCGCCGGGAAGUUCGCCGAUCGAUUCGAAACCCGAUGUGAAACCCUCCAAGGUGCGAACGGCGUUAUUUCCAGCCGAUAAAGCCUUGCCUACUGAGUCAUUCUACUCCAAACACCAGGAGGAUUUUAUGGAGAAAUGGAGCAGCUUGAGGAAAGAGCGGAUCUACUUCAGGCCUGUGAAAGCGAUUAAGUGCAAGCAAGCCCGUCGCCCUCACAGGCAAUUGGGGCAGGUUAAUAACGGCGUGGGGCACAGCAUUAAAAAGCCCAAGCAGAAGAAAGCUGGGGCGGUGCUCUAUGGGAAGUUGAGGAAACUGCCCGAAGCAGGAGCCGUUUUGAACGAGUAUAUCCAGGACAUUGCUCAGAUGAGGACAGGCGCUGCGCCCAAACUCAUUCAACCUGCAGCUGCUAAAGCCGACAAUCUUGAGUCGAGUGGGCGCUUUGAAGCCUCCCUGGAAGAGAAUAAGGAGAAUUCGGGCAAGAGGCCGCAAAAACGGGCCGCAAAAAGUCCCGGCCGAAGUGUGGACGAUGGUCAGGCGCGGAACCUUUUUAAAUGCCUCCGAUCUAACGAUCGUCAAGAGGCAAAAGAGCCUCUUGCCAAAAAUCCGACCCCUAAAGCAGAGUUUGGGGAAAGCGAGGAAAGCGACUCGGAGCUUGAGGCCAAUAUCGGUAAUAUUCUGACUGUGCUGGAUGAUGGAGAUGCGCGGAAAGCCCAUCAAGUGGUGUUCCAUCGGAAUGUGAGUGAAGAAUCCAGCUCGAGUCAAACCGAAGCGAAUACACCAGCCAACUGCUCCCAAAUGAAUGCAAGCGAAGUAGCAAAUAUGAUUUUGUCCCCAAUUUCGCAAAUGUGCGACGUCGCCUCCGGCUUGGCCAUUCAUAGUCCCGUGAGAAGUCGGUCUGUGCCAUCAGCAGUCAGCUCGCGAGUGUCCAAAAUGUUGUCGUUUAACACCGAAAAUCAUUCUGCAGAUAUGGACAAGGUAAAGCGGAAGGUGUUUCCUAUUUUCGAUAGAGAGUUCGUGGCCCAGACUCAGGCAGCUAAUGAGCGGGGCCAAAAACGCAACAGGACGGAGCUGGUGAAGCGGAGCGCCAAGAGGUUUAAAGGUUUGCCUCCGGAUCAAACACUGUUGGACGCCGGCCAGAAGAAAUUUGGAAUCACGCUAUGCAAUGAGUGCAACUUGAUGUAUCACAUGGGCGAUCCUAAUGAUGAGCUGCACCACUUAAGCUACCACAACUCUGAGCAUAUUUUACGUUUUGCUGGCUGGAAAAAUGAGCAUUUGAUGGCCGAUUUCCAGGACAAGGGAAGAGUCAUUCGGGUGUUACCAACCGACUCGAAAAUCUGGCUGGCGAAGGUGAAAGCUCUUAUGGGAGUGGUGAAUCGCGACUUGGGUUGCUACGAGAUGGAUUGGAACAUCAGCCAAUCCCAGGUUUAUUUAUACGUGAAAAAUAGGGUGAUAGUUGGGUGUGUUGUUGCCACAGUUCCAAAUGGUCCCGGGUUCCGUAUGCUGAACAAAGUGAAUGGCAUUUUGCUGUGUUCGGAAGAAUCCUACCCGAUAAAGUGCGGAGUUUCCCAUAUUUGGGUCGCAGCGAAUAGUAGACAGCAAGGUGUGGGAACCAUACUUUUAGAAGUGGUCAAAAGGACGUUCAUUUUUGGAGAAGCUUUGUCCAACCAGGAUGUUGCGUUAACGUCGCCCACUGAAGACGGAGCGGCAUUCGCAGAGAAAUACUUCAAGACGCCCAAUUAUUUGAUUUACUACAGCUAAACACUCAGUAUUAUUGCUAAUGGGCUGUAACCUUUUGCCCACUAGUUUUUAAGUGCGUGAUUUUUGUAAAUUUUGUAUUAUGUGUUAGAGAAGUCAGAUCUGUUUUGUGGACCUCCAAUCAUCACUCAUGAGUACAAGCCAGGCCAUUUGUAGUGUAAGUUACAGAACGUUUUUUUAUUUUUUUAUGAACUUAUAAAAUGUAUUAAAUUAA